AUGUCUGGAAGACCUUCAAGUUCUAAGAAGGUGUCGGCCCCCGUGCCCGGUACACCAAGAACGGCUCGCCAAAGUGCACAGAAUGGGAAGCCUCAAGGCCGGGUUGUGGACUAUAUCUCGCUUGAUGAUGUGGACGAUGAUGCCUUUGACGAGCUUGCAAACGAUACGAUAGCAUGUUCCUCACCCUUCUUCACACAGCCGACACAACUUGUCAAUCGGACGACACAGCCGACUCAAAUAUUGAACCGAACCACGCUGCGAUUGCCGUCCUCACCCGCGAUCCCGAGCUCCCCCAGUACAGCAAUCGAAGUCCCUGCCUCGUCGCCGUUCCAACCCAAGUCUCAGGCAAAGACCGCCACAGGCAACACUGGCAGUAAUGCAGGCGCCAAAUACCGAGUCGGGUCUCUGAUGGCUCCAGCAGGGACUUCCUUCAAAGCUCCUCCUAUGGGUCUGCCGUCAAGAAAGGCAAGCCAGCCGCUCAAGAAGGGGUACCUGAGCAUAUCAGACGACGAUCUGCAUGAUGAUUACAAGCACCAAGACAGUUCUGGGGAUGACUUGCCUAUGAGAGGAGACAUUCAGAAGUCGUCAUUCGCGAAGAAACCCGGCGUGGCAGCCCCCGUCCCCAAGUCCGACUUCCAGUCUAAGUGGUCGGCGGAACCCAAGUUGGAACUCAAGGAUAUCCGCGACACGAGGCUGAGGAAAUUGACGAAGGAUGUCUACCGCGUCGUCUCGGCUGCUAGGGUUGGGACUACUGUUCAAGAGUGCCGAGAUGCCUUGAUGAAGGACGUGGGUUGGCAUACCUCACGGGCUGUGGCAUCACUGCUGGGAACUUCUACUUCUUCAUCAUCCCACAAGACCUCUGCUUCUAGCACAAGUCAAUCCACACAGCCUGCAAAAUCCUCGACUGCCCACUCUUCAUAUGAUUCAGUUCAAUUUGCCAAACCCAGCAAAUCUUUUUCAUCUGAGGAAAAAAAGUCGUCUCUCUCCCUCUCACGCACCACCACUUCUAACGCAAAUUCGUCUGCAGCCUCAUCCACAACCACCAACCCACUUCCUCAACGCAGGCGUCUUAUUCAAGGGCGCACAAGGAGAUCACCUUCGCCUCCACCUGUCUUUUCUGUAUCGUCUUCAGCCACCUCGCCGCCUAGUACACCCGCGCGGUCUCAGGACGACUCCCCCGCAAAACCGCUUGCCACUAAGAAAAUGGCAAUUCUCGACACCAGAUCCGUCGUUGAGAAGGAGUCAGACUCCAAACCUCGUCGCCGACUUCAACGUGGUCGUCGCCCAGAACCCGCUGUGGUCAAUCUGGAUACGGACUCUGCCGAGUCAGACCAAUCCAACAUUCAGAUUGGCUCGCGGAAGCGAAAGGCUGAGGCCGAACCUGAACCUGAACCUGAACCUGAACCUGAACCCGAGCCCGAGCUCGCAGACCCUCAGGCAGUAGUCGACAAUUCUUCGGACUCGGAUGGCCGCGCUGUCGCUUUCAGGCGACCUAGCACUCAGCAAUUGGACCAGGAGCAGAAGACUCUCGAGUACUUGAACUCUUGUUCAGCCGAAAGUCUUGCGCAGAUCACCGGAUUCUCUGCCGCUGAUUCGAAGCUUAUGAUUGCCGCUCGCCCAUUCGAAACGAUAUCCGACGCCGAGAACGUCUCCCGCAAGGACAAAGCUAAGGCCAAGUCCAAGAACAAGACUACUCGUACACAGAUUGGUGCGGUUUUCGUUGAGAAGCUAACCUCCUGGUUUGUGGCUUUCUACUCCGUUGGCGUCGUCAUUGAGUCAUGCGAGAAACGAGGUCUGGAGCUGCAAUCCAUCAUGUCGACUUGGAACAUGGAUAAGAAUGGAAUCAGCAAGGCCGCCGGCAUUCCACUUCCUGUCACGGAGAAACCAGAGCUCAUGGCUGAGGACAUCUCUCUCAAGUCGUACCAGCUGGUCGGUUUGAACUGGAUGAACCUUCUUCACAGCAAGAGAUACAGUGGCAUACUCGCAGACGACAUGGGACUUGGCAAAACCUGCCAGGUCAUCUCAAUGAUUGCUCACUUAGUCGGAACACACAACCCUGCUUCCAAGACGAAGCCUUGGCCCAACCUCAUCGUCGUUCCCACCAGUACUUACGAGAACUGGCUAUCCGAGUUCGAUCGCUUCGCUCCCGACCUCACAGUUUGCCCAUACUCUGGAACGGGUCGACGCGACAUCGAUCCUGACGAGACUCAAGACUACCACGUCGUCCUGACGACAUACUCUCAAGUCGAGCGACAGAGAGAAGACCUGCACUGGCUCCAAAGACUCCGACCUCAUGCGGCUAUAUUCGACGAGGGUCAUAAGCUGAAGAACCGCGGGACCCUGAUCUACAAGCAGAUGUUUCAAGUACCUACGAAGUGGCGUCUUGUUCUCAGUGGCACUCCGAUCCAGAAUAAUCUCAAAGAGCUACUCACCUUGUUACGUUUUGUUCAGCCUGAACUGUUUGGAGAGGAAACAUUCGAUCAACUUGACAUCAUUUUCGCCACGAAAGUCCCCAGUAAGGAGGUGCACAACUUUGCCGCACUGGCGAAGGAACGGGUAGCCAAUGCUCGAACCAUCAUGGCACCAUUUAUUUUACAAAGAAGAAAGGACGAAGUCCUCGACCUCGCCAAAAAGACAGAGCGAAUUGAAGUUGUUGACAUGCACCCGGACCAGAAGGCCAUAUACGAGGAGAUCAAGGGUCAGUACCUUACAACCAAGGGUACCAAGAAGGCCGCUUCUACAAUCAAGACGACAAACUCUUGGAUGCAGCUCCGUAAGGCGGCAAUCCACCAUCAGCUGUUCCGAGUACACUUCACGGACGAGAAAGUUGAAGAAAUGACCGAACUUCUGUGGGAGCACUGUUCGAGCGAAGAACUAUACAUCCAGAGCAAAGAAGAUCGCCAUAAGGCUCUGUUCCUGUCCGACCUGAAGGAGAAGUCGGACUUCGAUUUGCACCUGUGGUGCAAGGACUUCCACAAGUACAUCGGCCACCUGGACAUUCCUCACCGUUCCUGGGAGGAGAGUCCCAAGGUACGGAAGCUCCUUGAGCUUCUCCAAAGCUACAAGAAGACCGGCGAUCGUGUCUUGGUCUUCAGCCGCUUCGAGUUGGUGAUCAAUAUCCUGCGAGAGACGCUACACCACGCCGGUAUCCAGUACUGUGAGCUCACCGGAUCCACUGGCACGGCUGAUCGUUUCCCUGAGAUACAACGGUUCAACGACAACCCUCACAUACCGAUCUUCCUUCUGACUACCGGAGCUGGCGGCACUGGUCUCAACUUGACCGCUGCAAACAGGAUUAUCUUGUUUGACCAGUCCGACAAUCCCCAGGAAGACGUCCAGGCGUCUAACCGCGCCCACCGCAUCGGCCAGACCCGGGACGUGGAAGUCAUUCGCAUCAUCACCAAGGGUACCGUGGAGGGAUUGGUCUACAACUCGUGCGUCAAGAAGCUCAUGCUGGCGGCCUGUGUCGAGGGUCAGUUCGGCGUUGACGAGUCGGAGGAGGCCGAAUCCGUGGAGCAGAUGUGUCGCAGACUCAUGCUGCUUGAGAACGAGGCCAGCUCUUCGCAAGUCAACUGA